AUGCCAAAAGCGAAGGAGAUUAUGGGGGUCGAGGCUCAGAAAGCCGCCAUGGCGUACAAGCAUCACCAGGAAGCCAAGACCAAAGCAGGGGAAAUCAACGCGGACACGAUCAACAAGGUGGGAGACUUGUCACGACUUCUGGCAUUCCAGCCCCAGUACAAGGCACUGCUGAGGGCGAGACCGGAUGUCGCGCAGGGUGAACUGGUGCGUGUGACGGACUGGAGGUUGCUGACUCCCGACAAUUAUGACCGCACGUGCUUCCACAUCGAGGUGGACGUCAAGGGAACUGGCCUGGAGCAUCUGGUGAAUGGCAGCAUGGGCAAAGCAUUGUCGGUUUAUGCCCUGAACCCUGCAGACAAGGUCAGCGAGUUCUUGACCAAAAUGAAGCUUGACCCGGAUGAGUUGGUCUCUGUCGAAGAAAUUGCCCCACAGUCUGAAGAUGGCACUGUCGUUGUCACGACCGUCUACAAGAUGUUCUCACAGUACCUGGACUUGUUCGGCAAACCCAGCCGCGAAUUCCUCAAAAAGCUUUUUCCUUUUGCCCAGGACAUCAUGGAGAAGGUUGCCAUCGCCGAGUUGACGCUGGAAAGAAAAACUGAGGAUUUCCUGGAUCGUCAAGCACGUGCCUACACUUAUGCAGAUUACAUCCUUGAAUUUCCCUCGCUCAAAAUUCCUGUAGCGAAGUAUGUGGAGCUUCUCCCAACAAUCAAGCAGCGUGUGUAUUCCAUUUGCUCCUCGAGCGACUUCCGCCCUGGCAAAUGCCAGCUGCUGGUUGUCCGCGAGGACUGGCAAGCAAAAGGUGGAGAUACCAAGUUUGGCUUGUGCUCCAGUUUUAUGACCUUCCUCAGGCCUGGUGCAGUGUGCAUAGCCCACGCUACGCACUCGGUGAUGCAGAUCCCAGAGGACAAAUCCGCCCCGAUUUUCAUGGCCGGGCUCGGCACUGGUCUGGCACCAUUCCGAGCAUACAUCGAGCAGCGAAAGCACGAGAAAUCCUUGGGGCACAGGGUAGGUCCGAUGACGUUGUUCUUCGGUGGCCGGCACAAGAAGGCCGAAUUCUACUACCAAGAUGAGAUGGAGGCCUAUGAGAAGGAAGGUCUCGUGAAGUGCUGCAAUGCCUGGUCCCGUGACCAGAAGGAGAAGGUCUAUGUUCAGCAUAAGAUCAUGGAGGAAGCUGCUGCGAUUUGGCAGCAUUUGGGCAAGGAGGGCUCCAAAGGAUACUUCUUCCUUUGUGGGUCAAAGCAGCCUGAGAAGGACGUCUUUGCAGCUCUCGUAAAAAUCAUGGAGACGAAGGGAGGUCUCACCAACGAGCAGGCCCACAAGAAGAUGGAGACCCUGCAGCUUGCUGGCCGAUAUGUCACGGAAGUCUACUGA